CUGUUGUUUGACCCAUCAAGUUCUUUUUUUUUGUUUUUCUUGUCUGUACUUAACAUUCUUUAAUACAUCGUUCUCGUCGUUUUAUUCACUUUCCUUGUCAAUUAUUUUUUUUUUCUUUCUGUUCAUUUCUAUUUUAAUUUUGUUCAUAUGCUUUAUUUGACCGACGAUUUAGGCCUCUUGCCUUUUUUCUUACCUUUUGGUAUCAUUGGAUUUUAUCGGUACUUGCUUUACUUUAUCAAGGUGGCUGCAUGGCUGGCCUACCGACCUCGACGACCAAAACCCAAUCCAAUCUAUUUACCAGAGGAGGAUGUCACCAUUAUCGUCCCUACCAUUGACGCCGGAGAAGAAUUCAAAAUUGCUGCCAAGAGCUGGCUCGCCUGUCGACCGAAAGAAAUCAUCAUUAUCACCGAAACCGGCAUGCGUGGACCAUUACAGGAACUGGCGAACGAGGUCGAUCCUGAUAAAAUUCGAGUCUUGACUGUACCCAAAGCAAAUAAACGACUACAGAUGGUCGAAGGAGUGAAUGCAACGACCACGGAAAUUGUCGUAUUUGCUGACGAUGAUGCUAUCUGGAAACCCACCAUGCUUGACUACAUUCUCGUUUGCUUUGAGGAUCUAAAGAUGGGUGGAGUCGGAACAAGCCAAACCGUGCACGCCGUGGAUCCCAAUGGCCGUCAAACCCUCUGGGAGAUUCUCGCCGGGUUUCGUCUCACCAGUCGCAACAUUGAAAUUGCCGCGUCGACCCACAUCGAUGGUGGGAUCUGCUGCCUGUCUGGCCGCACCGCCGCGUAUCGUACACUUAUUUUGAAAGAUCCGGCCUUCCAGUACUGUUUUACCAACGAUCUUUGGCUGGGAAAAUACCCAUUGAAUUCCGGUGAUGACAAGUUUUUGACUCGUUGGAUGGUGUCCCACGGCUGGAACACGUAUGCACAGGUCUGCAAAGAAGCCGAACUGUAUUCAACGUUUAAAAACAAUUGGCGAUUUUUGAAGCAAGUGUUGCGUUGGACACGAAAUACCUGGCGAUCGGAUUUCCGCUCGUUGUUUACCGAACGAUUCAUUUGGUAUCGACACCCAUUUGUCGCUUUCACCAUGGUCGACAAGAUCUUUAACCCUCUCACCUUGCUGGCUGGACCGGUGCUCGUCGGUGUGUUUGCUUCGCUUCAGGAACAAAGGGCCGGGCCUACCAAUCCCCCCUUGCCGGCUUGGAACAUCACGGUCUCUUACAUUUGCUGGUUAUUGUUCACUCGGUUUAUCAAGCUGGUGCCUCAUUUUUUAAAACGACCCAAGGAUCUGUGGGUACUUCCCUGCUGGCUAAUUUUUAAUUACUACUUUGCCAUCAUGAAGAUCUACGCUCUGUUUACACUUCACGUCACCGCCUGGGGCACACGCGCCGGCAUCGGUGAACAACUCGCUGCCGACAUCAAAAAGGAAGCCCUCGUUCUCGAAAUGGAAGAAGCCAAUCAACAACAACAUCCGCAUUCAUCUUCUUUUCAUUCCAAUGAAAAAUAAGACGUGUGUACCUGGAUCAUUCAAUCAAUCAACGACGUCUCCAAAGUAACAAACAACAAAUUCACCAUCAACAACUCAUCCCUUCCCAACUUAUUGUCUGAACCCCUGAGUUUUUAUUUCCCAGCAUACAAACCUUCUUACAUUCAAUAAAUUAUCUUUUUUGCUAUUGUUCUAUCAUAUUAAAAC